AUGGAGGCUCCCAUGAUUACAACAGGCUUCACUGAUAUGGAAUUGGAUGAUUUUAGCUUUAUUGAUCAUUUGCUACAAGUCAACUCAUCAUCAAUUGAGGAAUUAUUUGGACCACCAUUGUUAUCGUCUUGUGAAGAUACAUUUCAACAAGAUACAAAUUACAACCAAGUUAUGAGAUCUCCACAAAUCGAUCAUCAUAUCAAACAACACAAAACAACUAAUUGGAGCUCAUAUAAGAUUGAUGAACAUGCAUUGAUCACUACUUCACACGAUGAUGAUGAUUAUUCUAAUUUGAAUAUGUUAUCAUUUUCAUCAAAUUCUCCAAUGUAUUCACAAAAUUGCAUUCCUAAAGCUACUCAAGUUGCUAAGAAAGGUAGCGCGGCCUUGGCUACUAGCUUGUCAUCACAACAAUCUAAUAAGGAUCACAUUCUAGCUGAGAGGAAACGCCGUGAGAAGCUUAAUCAGAGAUUCAUCGCUUUGACAGCCACCAUUCCUGGACUAAAGAAGAUGGACAAGGCUUCAGUACUUGGAGAUGCCAUCAAAUACGUGAAACAAUUGGAAGAGCAAGUGAAGACACUCCAAGAGGUAACCAAGACUAAAAUAAUUGAAUCUGCGGUGUUAGUGAAAAGAUCUAGGGUUUUCGAAGAAGAAGAAGAAGUUGAUCAAUUUUCGACGAAUAACACAAUCUCUAGGGGAUCCUUUGAUGGUACAUUAUACCCAGAAAUCGAAGCUAAAUUCUCCAACAAAGAUGUUCUUAUAAGGGUACAUUGUGAGAAGAAAAUUGGAAUCGUUGAAAAGCUCAUUUCUUAUAUUGAGAACCUUCAUUUGGUUGUUAUCAAUAGUAGUACGUUGGUUUUUGGAUGUGCAUCUAUUGAUGCUACAAUUAUUGCUCAGAUGGAUGCUGAAUUCUGUAUGACAACCAACGAUCUAGUCAGACAUUUACAUGUUGCUCUCAAACGAACGUUGACCGAAUGA